ACAUGCUGAUGCUUAUCAAAAACACAUAAUUUUUACAUAAAAUUCUAACAAAAAAUAGUUAUCAGGGCAAAUGACUUCGACGUGGCUAGUGGAGCUCUCAGAGGAGGUUCUGGAGGUGUUGGAGCUUGCGUUAGACGUGGAGUCGUUGGUACUACUCUCAACGACGUGUCGGUCACUACUGGAGGCGCUACGGCCGCUCAUUGAGGCGCGAUGCAAGCGCGAGAGCUUCACCACGUAUCUAUACCCGACAGUAGCGUCUUAUCGAAUGCAAGCGGCCGUUCCAGCCACUUGGAGACAAUUGUAUGCAGCUUUUAGCCUCAAGAAGUUGAGAUGGGAAGCAUGUAGAAGUGAAGGGACAUCGUCGUCGCUACGGGCGCUAAAAUCCGACAACCAGGAGUACGAGAUCGACUUGAGCGCCACUUUUGUACUCCGUAGUGGAGGCCACUACUGGUUCAGUGUAUUGCAAGCAAGAAUAUCCGAUGCAACGCUGGGUGGAGAAGAGAAAAAGGAAUCAGAUGCGGCGACUAAGACCAAACGGCCAGAUUCGUUGCCAUUUUUGCAGUCUCCACAGCAAAUUACGAUAGAUAAAUGGGUGAAGAUUCGAGCAGUGGGGAAAGGACCGUGUCCAAGACGGAAUCACUCGAUGACUUGCUUACCGAAUGUAUUUUGUUCUCGCGAGCUUAUAGUGAAGUCGGAUGUGGAGGAGGAAGAAGAAUUAGUGAAUGUGCGGCGAAUAUUUUUCUUUGGUGGCCAGUCGGAAGGGAUUCCGUUUGAGGCCUUCGGUGAUCUUUACCUGCUCUGUAUCGAGGAAAUAGAUGAAAACACGUCGAGGAAGGGACAUAGUGCUUGGGUUGAGCCUAAUGUAACGGGACAAGCGCCAUCGCCACGGUGUGGACACACUGCCACCUUACUGUCGCCAGACUUGUUGAUGGUCAGUGGUGGUAGCACGGGAGUAUCGCCGAUCUUGACGAUGGACGUGUUUCUCUUGCACAUUGAAGGCUGCGCUGAUUUUCGAUGGUCGAGGCCAUCGUGCAGCUCCAGGAUACCGACAGGUCGAUCACUGCACGAUGCAUAUCGAGUCUCCGAAAGUGAAGUGAUCAUCUAUGGAGGACGUCAAAUUCGACAGUCCAAUGGCUUGCUAGACAUACAUAAGCUGCAAGUCACCCGCGAAGUAGACGACUUGGGUUAUACUCAGUUUUCGAUCAAAUGGUUAGAGCCUCGACUUUCCGGGUCGCUGCCCUGCUCACGGCGCGGUCAUAGUACAAACGCAAUCGGCCCAAAUCUCCUCCUUUUUGGAGGUCAAGACGAGUCAACCGGUCAAUUAAAGAACGACAUCCGUGUGCUCAACAUUCCGCGACAGACCUGGAAGCGUCUAGAUGUGCCUGGUGAGUCCCCAUGUCCUCGACGUGGCUUCAAGAACCAAUUUUUCGGCACAACUCUCGUUAUCUCCAGCGGCUUCGUGCGCUCCACGCUUUUAGGAAAAGUUGACCACCAACUUCCAGACAGCGAUGUCCACGUUUUGUCACUGUUGUAGCGUUAGUUAGCAGUGAAAACUUAGUGCCAGCAUUGACGGAAUCGGUUUUAACUGUUAAAAUUAAAAUUUUGACAAAAUCCGUA